CGAACAUUUUUUUAGAAUUGAGCAGCCACCUGCCUACUGCUCAAUUGUAAAUAAAUAGCCUACAAUAAAAUAAUAUACAUAGCCUAUACUACCUGAAGUCGUUGCAGCGUCGUAAAGUUGGAGAUCCUCUAUCAGAUGGGCGGAGUGAAUCGGUGCUGGUCUGAUCAAUGUUCAACGAUGGCGUGGUGUAUUCUGGGUGCUGCAGUCCUCAUGCUGAGCCUGGGGGUGGACGGGGCAGGGGGCGGAGAAGGGGGCGGGGCAGGGGGCGGGUCCUACGUGGCGGCCGUGUACGAGCACCACGUCAUUCGGAACCUGCAGCCCAAGGUUCUGCUGAGCCGACAGGAAGCGCUGGAACACAUGAAUAAGAACCUGGACGUGUAUGAGGAGCAGGCUGCUGCUGCCGCCAAACAGGGUGCCCACAUCAUUGUGUUUCCAGAAGAUGGCAUCCAUGGCUUUAACUUCAGCAGGGAGUCCAUCGCUGGUUACCUGGAGACGGUGCCAGACCCCACGGCUGUGAGCUGGAACCCCUGUUCUGACCCAGCCCAUUUCCCAAACACUGAGGUUCAGCAUCGUCUCAGCUGCAUGGCCAAGAACAACAACCUGUACCUAGUGGCAAACAUGCCGGGGCGUGAGGAUUGUGAUGCCCAGACCCCCCCCUGCCCCCCCGAUGGGCGCUACCAGUUUAACACGAAUGUGGUGUUCAGUGCUAACGGCACACUGGUAGCGCGUUACCGCAAGCGGAACCUGUACUUCGAAUUCGAGUUUGACAUGCCUGCUGACCCCCAGCUCAUCACCUUCGACACACCCUUCGCUGGUCGCUUCGGCCUGUUCACCUGCUUCGACAUCCUGUUCUACAACCCAGCGGUGGAGCUGGUGGAGAAGCUGGGGGUGCGGCAGCUCAUCUUCCCCACAGCCUGGAUGAAUCAGCUCCCCCUGCUGGCUGCCGUGCAGUUUCACCGUUCCUUCUCCUACGCCACUGGCACCUCCCUGCUGUCCGCUAACAUUCGCACAGACACACUGGGAAUGACCGGCAGCGGCAUAUUCAGCCCCUGGGAGACAUUACAUCACCAUGCGGGGGCGAGCGAGCCGGAAGCUGGCCGGCUGCUGGUGAAAACUCUGCCUGUUCUGGACUCCCUCAGGCCUGACCUUCGACCCCACAACCCCCCCCUCCCACGACCCUUCUCUGGAGACCAGGAGCCCCAGCACUGCUUGCGGGGGGGCGACGAGUGCCAGAAUACUGUCCCCGAGGGAUGGGGUCGCCUUGAGGAGCCAGCUGCCCCCAGCAGCCCCUUCAAGGCAGAGAUGAUGUACGACAGUUUCACCAUGGUGCUCGUGGAGGGCUCUGAGGGAUACCUAUCUGUGUGUGAUAAUGCACUCUGCUGCCACCUGCAGUUUCGGAGGCGAACUGCGCCCCAGGAGCUCUAUGCGUUGGCGGCCUUCGACGGCCUGCACGUGGUCCACGGAACAUACUACGUACAGGCGUGCGCGCUGGUUAGGUGCAGCGGUCUCACCCCUCAGACCUGUGGGGCAGAGAUCGACCACGCCGACACGCUCCUGGACUUCCGGCUGAUGGGAAACUUCAGCACGCGCCACGUGUUCCCAAGCGUGCUCGGGAGCCACAUGCAGCUGGAACGCCCUGACCACAGCGGCUGGGAGGGGCGGGGCUUCUACAUGAGCUGCCGCAAGCUGGAGCGCGGUCUGGUGACUGCUGUACUCUACGGCAGAGCGUAUGACCGGGACCACACCCACACCACCGUCGGGGGGAGUGAUAUAAACGUGUAGAAAUACUGAGAGUCUCACACUGGAUUAUGAACACGUGCACAUGCAGUCAUUUGGUGCAUCAUGGGGAAUGGAGUGAAGUGUGUGUGUAGAACUACACUGGAAGGGUGAGAACUGGAAUUUAGCUUGUGUUUUAGGACGGAGUGUAGCACAGUGGGUAGGGAACUAGACUUGUAACCGAAAGGUCGCAGGUUCGAUUCCCGGGUAGGACACUGCCGUUGUACCCUUGAGCAAGGUACUUAACCGAAAUUGCUUCAGUAUAUAUCCAGCUGUAUAAAUGGAUACAAUGUAAAAUGCUAUGUAAAAGUUGUGUAAGUCGCUCUGGAUAAGAGCAUCUGCUAAAUGCCUGUAAUGUAAAUGUAAAUGUAAUGUGUUUUCAUUUCUGUCCUGGGACAGCGAAGGGUAUUGUAAGCAGGUAAAGUGGAGUGGGGGGUAAGGUGUGAGCAGGUAAAGUGGGGGGGUAAGGUGUGAGCAGGUAAAGUGGGGGGUAAGGUCACAGAUAAAAUGGGGGGGUAUGGUGUGAGCAGGUAAAGUGGGCGGUAAAGUGUCAGGAGGUAAAGGGGGGGUAGUAAGGUAUGAGCAGGUACAGUGGGGGGAGUAAGGUAUGAGCAGGUACAGUGGGGGGUGGCAAGGUGUGAGCAGACUCUAGUACACUUUUGCUGUGUGCGUUCUGAACGGGGGGUGUGCAUUAGCAGGAGACUUACUGCCAAUCAGUCGAUACUGAACUCCAGUUGCGCGCUGCAAUCAAGACCUUCUUAAAAUUUGUAUGCAACAAAUCCUGUGUUUAUGUGCAGGUACAUAGUCAAAACUGAAGUUACCUGGGAACUUACAAUGGUAUCAUAAUUAAUGGAUACAUAUAAAUAACUAUAUUUACCUCCUUCAAACCAACAGUUUAUUCUGUGUAUUGAUACGUGAUUGAUAUUAAUUGAUAAUAGAUUAAAUUAAACAAUACUGCAUUAUAUAUCAUUGAUUAUUUACCCCCAAAAGCAAUUCCUUUUCCUCUCGCACAUGUUGAAUUGUUUGUUUUCUGGCAGUGGGUGAAAUGAGGAACAGGGUCUGCUUGUCUCCCUCUCCUGUCUGGCUUCCUGGUUAAACAAUGAUUUUUAAAAGAAAUAAAACACAUUUUUUCAUAUUUA